AUGGCUUCGAUCGCUGGAAAAGUAUUUGCGCUGACAGGUGCAAGCUCUGGUCUCGGAUUGGCGACAUGCUGCAGACUUGCCAGACUAAAAGCCAGAGCCGUCUCCAUCGGCGACGUCAACCCUGGCUUCUUUGACAUGGCAAGGAAGAAACUACAAGACAUCAACCCCGAGAUGCAGGUAUCCAUGACCAAAGUCGACGUUACUUCGAGCUUGGACGUCAAUGCUUGGAUCAAGGACACGGUCAACACAUUUGACGGUCUCGAUGGAGCGGUGAAUUGCGCAGGGGUCAUCAACAUGUCUGCAAGCCAACAAACGCCCAUGUUCCUGAACGAAACGGACGAAACGUGGAGCCGCGUGGUGAAUGUAAACCUCAGCGGGAUCUUAUACAGCAUGAGAGCGCAAGUGAAGGCGAUGAUGGAGUUGCCCAAAUCCUCGCGAAGCAUCGUCAACAUUGCGAGUGCUGCAAGUCUAUUUCACGACCCGACCAUUUUGUCGUACUGUGUGACGAAGCACGCCGUGGCAUGUUUAACGACCACCGUGUCGAAGGAAUUGGGACCCCUAGGGAUUAGACUGAACGCCGUUUCUCCAAGCGCAACGAAGACUGGAAUGGCGUUAUCGUGGUACAAGGAUGAAGAAGAGGCUGAGGCGGAUAUGGCGCGGCGAGGGGUGGUAUUGCUUGACCCGGAAAGAGUGGCAGAGACGGUAACAUGGCUCUUGAGCGAAGAUUCGACGGGAAUCAACGGGGUUAAUAUUCCUGUUGGGGCGAGUGCCUCGUAG